AUGCCCACAGGAGCCUCAAUACUCAGGGCAGCCCCAGUACCAGGACAUGGCAGUCCUGGCAGCCACAUUGUCCCCCAGGCCUGGUGGAAUCCUCAGACACUUAAGUUACUCAGCAUUGUCCAGUUUACAUUGAGCUCUGAUUCCAUGUUUAAGAGAAUGAGUUCAAAUACUUGUUGGCUUUGCAAGAUAUUCAGAGCAGAAGAAAAUGGGAUCAGUUCUAAAUUGUCUUUGGAGGAAGUGCUACAAUGGUCCCAGUCUUUUGCUGGUAACAAAAAAAAUUUAAAAGAGACAAAAUAUGGGCCUAUGAUCUACAAGGCCUACUUGAAGACAGAGCACAGCGAUGAAAACAUAGAAUUCUGGCUUGCUUGUGAAGCUUAUAAGAAGAUCACAUCACAGAGGAAAAGGAUUUCUGUAGCCAGGAAACUUUUUACAAGUUACAUUCAACCCCAGGCUCCCAACGAGCUUAUUGACAAUCCUACAAGGAAAGCAAUUAUAAAGAAUAUUCAAGAGCCAACACAGUCCUGUUUUGAUGAAGCACUGAAAAUAAUUUACACGCACAUGGAAAGAGAUUCUUAUCCACAAUUUCUUGAAUCAAAGUUCUAUCAAAAACUCAAACACAGCCUUCAAACUAAUGGCAAUAAUUCAAUGGUAAAUUAA